AUGUUUAAAUUUGUCCUUGUUGCCACCCUCUUGGCCUUGGUUAUGGCCAAUGAGCCCCUUCUCAAGAACUAUGUAAACGAUGUUCGUGCCGAUGGUUUUGAAACCAAUUGGGAUUUGGAACAUCACAGCAGCCAGCAUGUUGUGGGCGAUGUACAUGGUAACAUGCAAGGAUCUUAUGAAUAUAUCACUCCUGAGGGCGAACAUGUUAAGGUAACCUAUACUGCCGAUGAAAAUGGUUAUCAUCCCGAGGGUGAAUGGAUCCCUACACCACCACCAAUCCCAGAUUAUAUCUUGAAGGCCAUUAAAUAUAUCGAAAGUCAUCCCCACCCUGAACAUUAA